GAUGCCCUCCUGGGCUCUCUUGGUGGUCACCUCCUGCCUCCUCCCGGCCCCCCAAAACCUGGCACAAGUCACCAGCCAAGGACCCAGAGCCCAACUCACUGGCUGUUCCUCAGAUGCCUCCUUGCUGGCCUCAGACUCAAAGCCCCUGAACUGUUUUUCUCGAACAUUUGAGGACCUCACUUGCUUCUGGGAUGAAGAAGAGGCAGCGCCCAGUGGGACAUACCAGCUGCUGUAUGCCUACCCAGGGGAGGAGCCCAGGGCCUGCCCCCUGAGUUCCCAGAGUGUGCCCCCCUUUGGAACUCGACACGUGUGCCAGUUUCCAGCCCAGGAUGAAGUUCGUCUCUUCUUCCCACUGCACCUCUGGGUGAAGAAUGUGUUUCUGAACCAGAAUCUGACCCAGCGGGUGCUCUUUGUGGAUAGCGUGGGCCUACCAGCUCCCCCCAAUAUCACCAAGAUCGUGAGCGGGAGGCAACCAGGGGAACUUCAGAUCAGCUGGAAGGCCCCAGCUCCCGACAUCAGCGAUUUCCUGAGGCACGAACUCCGCUACGGCCCCAAGCACCCCAAGAACUCCACGGGCCCCACAGUCACGCAGUUGCUGUCCACAGAAACCUGCUGCCCAGCGCUGCGGGGGCCGAACCCAGCCCCGGCUCUGGACCGGCCUGUGUGUGUGCAGCCCCUGAUGCCCCAACAGUACGGACCAGAGCAGACCUCCCCAGUCAGAGAAGCUCCACCUCUGACAGUGAUGAGUGGAAGCUGCCUUAUCUCAGGGCUCCAGCCUGGGAAGUCCUACUGGCUCCAGCUGCGCAGCCAACCCGAUGGAGUCUCCCUCCAUGGCUCCUGGGGACCCUGGUCUCUCCCUGCAACCGUGGACCUACCUGGAGAUGCAGUGGAAAUUGGACUGCAAUGCUUUACCCUGGACUUGAAGAAUGUCACCUGUCGGUGGCAGCAACAGGACCAUGCUAGCUCCCAAGGCUUCUUCUAUCACAGCAGGCCGUGGUGCUGUCCCAGAGACAGGGACCCCAUCUGGGAGAAGUGUGAAGAGGAAGGGAAAAAUCCAGGAUUACAGCCCUCCCAGUUCUCCCGCUGCCACUUCAGGUCACAAAAUGACAGCGUUAUUCACAUCCUUGUGGAGGUGACCACAGCCCAGGGUGCUUUACACAGCUACCUAGGCUCUCCUUUCUGGAUCCAUCAGGCUGUGCUCAUCCCCACUCCAAACUUGCACUGGAGGGAGGUCUCCAGCGGGCAGCUGGCUUUGGAAUGGCAACACCCAUCAUCCUGGGCGGCCCAAGAGAUCUGCUAUCAGCUCCGAUACACAGGAGAAGGCCACCAGGACUGGAAGGUGCUGGAGCCACCUCUAGGAGCCCAGGGAGAGAUUUUGGAGCUGCGCCCGCGCUCCCGCUACCGUUUACAGCUGCGCGCCAGGCUCCACGGCCCCACCUACCAAGGUCCCUGGAGCUCCUGGUCCGACCCAGUGAGGGUAGAGACCGCCUCUGAGACAGCCUGGAUCUCCUUGGUGACCGCUAUGCUGCUGGUACUAGGCCUCAGCGCUCUCCUGGGCCUGCUGUUGCUGAGGUGGCAGUUUCCUGCACACUACAGGAGCCUGAGGCAUGCCCUGUGGCCUUCACUCCCGGACCUGCACCGGGUCCUGGGCCAGUACCUUAGGGAUGCUGCAGCCCUGAGUCCGCCCAAGGCUGCAGUCUCAGAUGCCUGCGAGGAAGUGGAACCCAGCCUCCUUGAAAUUCUACCUAAGUCUUCAGAGAAGACUCCCUUGCCCCUGUGUUCUUCCCAGGCCCAGGUGGACUACCGUGGAUUGCAGCCCUCUUGCCCGGGGACCAUGCCCCUGUCUGUGUGCCCACCCAUGGCUGAGUCAGGGUCCUACUGCACCACUCACAUUGCUAACCAUUCCUACUUACCACUGACCUGUUGGCAGGCCCCUCACUCCCAGUACCCUGGACAGAUCCAAACCCUCUAGACCUUUCUUCCCACCCUCUCAACCCACCUCGCCCACCCCGACACCAUAUACAUCUCAGACCUCACUUCCAAUCCCCUUGUUGAGCCUCAGAGCUGGGCUUCACAACACUGAUCUGGCAGCACUGACCCAGGACCCUCUUUCCUCGGGCGAGGCUCAUUUGUUUGACUACAUUCUAACUUCCACCUUCUUUCUCUCUCAUCUUUAAUGCCAUACUCCCUGAAAAGAAGUCUUCACUUCCCCACUUCUCAUUUGUUCUUUGGACUCCUUUAAUUAGUUCUCCUACCACUUUGCUAAUGAAACUGCUGAGGCAAAGUUCACUUCAACCUUUCUAAUUGCAAGAUCCAAUAGACUCUUGUUAACCCUUCAUUUAUUUGAUCUCUCUGUGGCGUUUGUUAUGGUGACUACUUGUUUCUCCUUUAAAUUUUCUCCUGCCUUGGUUUCCGUAGCAUCACGGUCUCUCCUGGCUUUGCCCCUCCAGUGGUUAAGAGCGUAAACUCUGUAAUCAGCACAAAGUUCCAUUUCUGUCAUCCCGCUUACUAGCUUCAGGUAAAUAAAAUUUUUGAGCUAUAAUUUCUCAUCUAUACAACAGGGGUAACAGAACCCUAUAGAGAGUUGUGAAGAGGGUUAAGUGAGGUAAUCUAGGUAAACCAGAGCACCUAGGACACGGUGUUUAGUAUAUCCGAAUGGUCAUACUUAUUCUUUACUGUUCUCUUAUCCUGGUGUCUUUUCCACUCCUUAAUUAUUGCAGUCCCUCAAGAGUCCACUCUUAACAGUCCCCAAUCCUAUCCCUCCUCAUUGCUUUUACUCUGUGCUGUCCAUUCCACAGUUCUAGUCUCCAGCCCAGGCUUCUGCAACAGCACCUGUGGUGCUUUAUGUAAAUAACAGUUUACCUGUCUGUCUCCCACUAUUAGAUUGUGAGCUCACUGAGGGCGAGGGCUUUGACUGACUUGUUUCCCCCCCACCCCACCAGCACCUAAAGUAGCACUUAGUGAGUGCCAGUAAGCCUUCAAUAAAUGUUUUCUAAAUGAAUGAAAUCAUUCUGGACACCACUACCUUAAUCCUAUGCCAACUUCCCUCAUCCUCUAAGCCAUUUACUUAUACUCAGCAGUAAAUGUACUUAGGCUAUUCUGACUGCGCAUUCCCCAGACCCUUUUAAAUUCUCAAAUAUGUUUUUGUUUGGGGGUGUUUUUUUUUUCUGGCUCCCAACA